UGUUAUUAGAGUAAUUAGUGUCUGUCCGGAUUAACUGCAUAACAGUUACAAAUUGCUUAGACAUGUCAUAAGCCAACUUAGAAAAGUCACAUAAGCUCUCACUCCUCCGAAUCAAAACCACUUCAAAAUAAGAAACUUCUGAACAAGAUUCAGAGACUUCACAAAAGAACUUGAAGAGGAUUCACAAACUUUUGAACUUCACUUGGUAGAGCACUCAGAAGCUCAUUUUUUCUAAGUACUCGUAAAAUCCAUUGUUGUCCCGGGAUGUUGUCUCGAACCCUGCAACGGCAACCUCCUUCGACCUUGUCCGCACUUCGAUCACCGAUUCUAAUUAGCUCAUAAUACGCUCAUACAUUUCCUAUUUCCUAACCCAUUAUGUGGUUUAACUAACAACCUCGUAUAAUCCAAUUAUCUAAAAUCAACCGAUAAAUAUCAGCAACAUUUACUACUAAACGAUGUGUUGACUUUUGGUAGCUAAACGGAAAUGGUCUUACUUAUGUUUCCACUUUGCACCAGUCAAAUAUUCAAAACGCGUGGAAUUUUCAAGUCUUCCCAUUUCUUAAAAUCAUAUAUUCAAAAUCACUCCAAUCGUUUUCCCCAAUUUCAUAAACUAAAUUUUAUUCUCAAUCCAUCAUCAUGUUCUCAUGGUGGUGGCCGAUGGUCUUCUUGAUUUGCAUCCAUGGAUACCGAGCUCAACAGUCCUACGUUAACAACAAACAACUCGACUGCGACAACAACCACACCACAGCCCUUGGCUUCACCUGCAACUCCCUCGCCACCGAUUCCACCUGCCGUUCCUACCUCACUUUCCGGCCACAACCACCGUUAUACAACACCCCUGCCAACAUCGCCUCCCUCCUCAACUCCAACCCCGAUGACAUCAACGCCUCUUCCAACGCCGCCACCAUCACCGCCAAUACCGUCGUCGUCGUCCCUAUCCGUAACUGUUCUUGCUCCGGCGGCCAAUUCUACCAGCACAACGCCAGUUACCAACUUAGCAGCACCGACGAGACUUACUUCACCAUCGCUAAUAACACCUAUGAAGGUCUCACUACUUGCCAAGCGAUGAUUGCCCAGAAUCCGUACAAUUAUCGGGACUUAGUUGUCGGAAAUAAUAUCACUGUUCCCCUCAGAUGCGCCUGUCCCACCGCUAACCAGAGGGCGGCCGGAAUUAGGUUUUUGCUCACUUACUUGGUCACAUGGGGCGAUUCUUAUGAAUCUAUGUCGAAAAUUUUCGACAAUGUUUCAGUUCAGAGCAUCUUAGACGCCAAUGAGCUUAACGUCAGCGAUAUUAUCUUCCCAUUUACGCCGAUCUUGAUUCCUCUUACGACCGAACCCACCACCACAAUCAUCACCCCUGCAACUCCGGCGACGCCGCCUACUUCACCGGUGAUUCCAGUAACACCAGGCACCGGCGGCAGCUCUUCCAGCAAGUGGGUUUUCGUCGGCGUUGGAAUCGGCGUCGGAUUGCUUCUACUUGUUUCCCUUUCUGGGUUUCUGGUUUGGUUCUUUAGGAAGAAGAAGAUCCAACACAAGAACAAUCUUCUUCCGCCUAAACACUCUCCGAACACCCAUCAGACGUCGCUAACCAUCCCGCCGGAGAGCAAGUCGUGGUCCAUGUCAUCACAAGGGAUCCGAUUUGCGAUUGAAUCGUUAACGGUUUACAAAUACCACGAACUGCAGAAGGCCACCGGAGAUUUCUCUGAAGAAAAUAGAAUAAAAGGAUCGGUUUACAGGGGGAUCUUCAAUGGCGAUUCUGCGGCGGUGAAGAUGAUGAAAGGGGAUGUCUCCAGCGAGAUCAACAUCCUUCAACAUAUCAAUCACUUGAACAUAAUCAGACUCUCUGGAUUCUGUUUGCAUCAAGGCAACACUUAUCUCGUUUACGAGUUUGCCAAUAAUGGUUCGCUUAGCGACUGGAUGCACUCGGCCACGAAGAACACCAAAUACGAAUCUGUUUUGGGAUGGAAAGAACGAGUUCAAAUCGCGCACGACAUAGCCGACGCAUUGAAUUACCUUCACAAUUUUGUGACUCCACCGUACAUUCACAAGAACUUGAAGAGCAGCAACGUGUUAAUAGACAGUCACAUGAGAGCAAAGAUCACAAAUUUCGGGCUUGCGAGGACCGUGGACGAGGACCUGGAUGGAGAACUUCAGUUGACACGGCACGUUGUUGGGACAUUUGGUUACAUGCCGCCAGAAUACAUCGAGAAUGGCUUGAUAACCCCUAAAAUGGAUGUGUUUGCUUUGGGUGUUCUGAUUUCCGAGCUCUUGUCGGGAAAAGAAGCCGCCACGCGACCACCAGAGGCUGUUGGUGACAAGGAGGAUACGGAUAAUGAUACGGCAGCGGAUUUGGCGGCACCACAGCAGGGGCAGCUGUCGGAGAUGAUAAAAGAGGUGGUUGGAGGGGAUCACGUGAGGGAUAAGCUAACGGAGUUUAUGGACAGUAAGUUGAGGGGUGAGUAUCCGGUGGAGUUGGCCUAUUCCGCGGCAGAGCUUGCUAGCAAAUGUGUGGCGGCUGAUCUGAACGACCGCCCGUCGGUGGCGGAGGUGUUUGUGACGCUAUCCAAGAUAAGGCUGUCUUCUUUAGAUUGGGAUCCAUCUGAUGAACUUGAACACUCCAGAUCUCUUAGCCAUGGCAGAUAAAUAGAAGAUACUACAAUUGUUGUAUGUAUGUUUGGUAUAUGUGUGUAUUAUGUGCUAGAGAAUAAAUCCCAAUUUCAUUGUG